AUGCUGACAGUCGCACUCACGGUGGCUGACGAGGCGGAAGAUGAUAAUUCCUUCCGAGUCCACCAAUUCCUUGUCGCUCAUCGCAAGUUCUCGUUCUCCAAGAUGUCGCUGGUUCUCCCCGCAAGACUCCGUGCGUUUGUACUAUGUUCAAUCCUCUUAACAUUGACCGCAGUGUCUGCUCCGCUUGGAUCUACAUCGACAUCGGCCCCGCUCCCCAGUCCAACUGUACCUUACGCGAGCGACGACCCCAACACGCCGCUGUGGGGACUCGACUCGGACAUCGUUCCACAGGCUAUCCGCAGUACGCUCGGCGCCAGUGUCCUCGGGCCGCAGAACAUACCACUGGAGUUACAGAAUUCUGCACUCCUGGCACCGCCGACCACCGAUCAGGGAUCUGUCGAAAAUGCGAAGUGGCCGUUUAGCUUGAGCCAUAACCGCUUGCAAACUGGUGGUUGGGCGCGUCAGCAGAACAUCGACGAUAUGCCCAUCGCUAAAGAAAUGGCUGGAGUAAAUAUGCGCCUGGAAGUGGGUGCUAUUCGCGAGUUGCACUGGCACAAGACCGCCGAGUGGGCGUAUGUGCUGAAGGGCUCCACGCAAAUUUCGACAAUUACGGCUGACGGCCAGAACUACGUCGCAACGGCGAACGAAGGUGAUCUAUGGUACUUCCCUGCUGGGCAACCGCAUUCCUUGCAAGCCACCGCCGACUGCCCCAAUGGCACGGAGUUUCUUCUCGUGUUCGAUAACGGUACUUUCGACGAGGGUGGAACCUUUCUGCUGACAGACUGGCUCGCCCACGUUCCGAAAGAAGUCUUGGCGAAGAACUUCCAGACAACAGAAUCCGCGUUUGACCACAUACCCGGCCAGGAACUCUACAUAUUCCCGAGUGAUCCUCCUUCCGAUGACGCUCAACCACCCGUGAGCCCUCAAGGCAUGACGCAAGAACCGUAUACGUUCCCUUUCUCCCAGAUCCCCUCUAAGCAAUUCCCUGGAGGUUCAGUCAAGAUCGCAGACUCUACGACCUUCAACGUGUCGAAAACCAUCGCAGUUGCUGAAGUCGUUCUGGAGCCUGGCGCAUUGAGGGAACUGCACUGGCAUCCAACCCAAGACGAAUGGACCUUCUUCAUCGAGGGAACCGGUCGUAUGACCCUAUUUGCUGCCACCAGCGACGCGAGGACGUUUGAUUAUCAAGGCGGCGAUAUUGCAUACGUUCCGGCGCCAUACGGUCACUACAUUGAGAAUACCGGUAAUACCACGUUGCGCCUCCUGGAGAUACUGAAGACAGACCGGUUCCAAGAUAUUAGCUUGAACCAGUGGCUUGCGCUCACCCCUCCCGCGCUUGUCAAGGCUCAUCUGCAGCUCUCUGAUGAGACUAUUGGGCAUCUGAGUAAGACGGAGCUUACGGUGGUAGGGGUCUAG